AUGGCAAUUCCUUUCCGACAGUCCCAGCGCAAGCAGUCGCGUCAACUGUCGACGGACCCCCGCAAUGAGCUCCACCCUCAAGUUGACCACUACAUCGGUAUCGACGUUGGUACUGGUAGUGCCAGAGCCUGCAUCAUGAAUGAUCAGGGAGACAUCGUUGGACUGGCAUCAGAGAACAUUGGCCUCUGGCAACCACAAACUGGCUACUAUGAACAAUCCACAACGGAUAUCUGGCGGUGCAUUUGCUCUUCAGUCCGCCGAGCAAUGGAUCAGCACAACAUCGACCAGAGCACUAUCCGCGGUAUCGGCUUCGACGCCACCUGCUCGCUCGCAGUCUUCAGAGACGACACUGAUGAGCCUGUUGCGGUCACCGGACCCAAUUUCGAUAACAAGGAUGGUAACGAUCGCAAUGUCAUCCUAUGGCUCGAUCAUCGGCCUGUAGAGGAAACCAACAAGAUCAACGCUACCGGGCAUAAUCUGCUCCGCUACGUUGGAGGCAAGAUGUCUAUUGAGAUGGAGAUUCCAAAGGUGCUGUGGCUGAAGAACAACAUGCCAAAGGAGCUAUUCGACCGCUGCAAGUUCUACGAUCUGACUGAUGCUCUUACGCAUUUAGCUACUGGCAGUGAAAGCAGAAGCUACUGUAGUGUAGUCUGUAAGCAGGGCUUUGUACCGGUCGGAGUCGAUGGGAGUGUCAAGGGCUGGCAGGAAGACUUCCUGAAGGAGAUUGGACUUGAAGACCUAUGCGAAGACAACUUCAAGCGCAUGGGAGGUGUUGAUAAAGUGAACGGACGCUACCUCACUGCUGGUGAACUUGUCGGUACACUCAGCGAGAAGGCUGCACAGGAGAUGGGCUUACAGCCUGGUAUCGCAGUCGGCAGUGGAGUUAUCGAUGCCUACGCUGGCUGGAUCGGUACAGUUGGUGCCAAAGUCAAGCUCGACGAAGAUACUCUCGACAUGGAUCAACCCAAGAACGACGUCUCACAAGCUUUCACGCGCCUCGCAGCCGUUGCCGGAACAUCGACCUGUCACCUUGCCAUGUCCCGUAACCCGGUCUUCGUCGACGGUGUCUGGGGUCCAUACCGAGACGUCCUACUACCAGACUACUGGAUGGCAGAAGGAGGACAAAGUGCAACGGGUGAAUUGCUCAAACAUGUAAUCGAGACACAUCCAGCUUUCAACGAAGCCGUGUCUGUCGCAGAAACAUACAACACCAACAUCUACGACUACCUCAACGAACACCUACGCGAGAUGGCAGACAAAGAAAAUGCCCCACACAUCGCCUGGCUUGGCCGCCACUUCUUCUUCUACGGUGAUCUCUUCGGCAAUCGCUCGCCCAUCGCCGACCCUAACAUGAAGGGCUCUGUAAUUGGUCUGAGCUCCGACAAGAGUCUCGACAGUCUGGCGCUAUACUACUACGCAACCAUGGAGUUUAUCGCUCUGCAGACACACCAGAUUGUCUCUGCGAUGAAUGCCUCCGGCCACGUUAUUUCCUCAAUCUUCAUGUCUGGUUCUCAGUGCCAGAACAGCCUGCUCAUGCAACUCAUGGCCACCGCAUGCGACAUGCCCGUUCUGAUUCCACGCUAUGUACAUGCAGCUGUGGUGCACGGCGCGGCUAUGCUGGGUGCAAAGGCAGCGAGCACCGACAAGGACGGAAACAGUGAACCGCUUUGGGACAUCAUGGACAGACUGAGCAAGCCUGGAAAAACUGUGAAGCCACUAGCCGACAAGACAGUCAAGAAGUUAUUGGACGCUAAGUACAAGGUGUUCCUGGAGCUGUGUGAGGGACAACAAAGGUACAGGAACGAGGUCGAUGCUGCUAUUGCAGGUUGGUCCAGCAAGUAG